AUGAUUUGGCUUCAGCUUCCUCUCUUAUAUUUUCUCGGUUGCAUUAGCAUCGUCGCUGGAGCUCACGCCGAGGAGUAUCGCAACAUAGCAGAGAACAAGAUUUAUGUGCCACGAAGAGCGCAUCUAAUUCAGAGGCAGUCAAACGCGACAAGCUUCUCGCAGUCACCUUCCCUAUCCAUAUCAACUUCAUCUCUUCCAAGCUCAUCGUUCACUCCGAGUUCAUCUUUCCCGUCUACUUCCUCUGUAACCCAGUCAACCUCAUCCCCAGCUCAAGAAUCUUCGUCCCAAAGCUCAGUGCCUCCAUCCUCUACACCACCAACGUCAUCAACUACCUCCGAAGGUUUGCCGCCGUUGACUACUUUUCCGCCGCCAACGAGUGUUUCGACAUCGACUGUGUCCGUCACUACUGCCACUCAUACCAAUGUCGACGGGACUGAAGUGCCAAUCCUUUUUGGAUGUUUCUUUUGCCCUGCUGGACUAGCAGGAUUGCUACUAUUUGGUAUCCCAGAUGUUCCGGGCGUCUAUCCACCACCUCUUACCCCGCCGUUCCCGGGGUUUCCACCUGUGACGAUCGGUAGCGACGGGGUUCCGACAGUAGAUCCAGAGGAUUCAUCAACAACAACAGAUGAGCCAUCCUCUACUACCACAGCCUCAAGCGAUUCCUCGUCUUCGGCAACCUCAUCUACUAGUUCAAGUACGCCAACAUCAACAAUGGUGGCUGUAACGUGGGAGCAAUGGUCUAGCACGGAAGAAAGUACUAGCGAUGAUGAUGCAGCAGCGGAUUUUGCACAAUCGCAGAUCAACUCUGCUUUUGGCGUUAGCACCACCUCGACAUCAUCAAACCCAGUAUCAACGACAUCGUCAUCGGCGAUUAGCACACCAUCUGAAGCUAGCUCGACUUCUCAACCUGCCACUACUGACAGUGGAACGCCGUCGCCUUCAACGUCAGUAUCCGCAUCACCUUCGUCAUCAGAAGCGUCGCCGACGAGUACCCAGCCUCCCACAACCUCCGCACCAGCAGGGGAUCCUGGCUGUAUGACCGUCACGGAUUCAAUGGGGGGUACUUUCACAGCAUGUUCAUGA